AUGGACCAGUUUAUGCUUCAAGAUGAGGGCGUUAUUGAUCGCAUUCGCCAGGCGGAGGAGUUCCUGGAUCCCAGUGAUUCCCAUGCCCGAAGCUACAGAUCAGAUAUUAUCCUGAUGCUGCAGAAGAAUCAGCGACGAUUAACGGUAAACCUCGACCACGUUCGCGACCAUAAUGAGACUCUCGCCAAGGGUAUCCUCGAGCAACCCUUCGACUACACUUUGGCCUUCAACCAUGCCCUGAAGCAAAUUAUUGCUGCGCUGCAGCCAUCACAGGCUCGCCCUGACCAGCAAGCUGCUGACACCGUCUACUACUGUGCAUGGGCCGGUAGCUUUGGCCUCAACGCCUGCAAUCCCCGCACACUCUCGUCUCACCACCUCAACUGCAUGGUGUCGCUGGAGGGCAUUGUCACACGAUGCUCCCUGAUCCGCCCAAAAGUUGUCCGCAGUGUUCACUGGAACGAGAAGAAGCAGAAGUUCCACUUCCGCGAGUAUCAGGACCAGACCAUGACGAAUGGUGUUACAACGUCGAGUGUCUAUCCUCGCGAAGAUGACGAUGGCAACCCUCUUCUCACUGAAUAUGGUUUCUGCACAUAUCGCGAUCACCAGACUAUUUCUAUCCAAGAAAUGCCCGAGCGUGCGCCAGCUGGUCAGCUCCCUCGUGGCGUUGACGUCAUUUUGGAUGAUGACCUCGUGGACAAGGUGAAGCCCGGUGACAGAGUCCAGCUCGUUGGUAUUUUCCGAACACUUGGUAACCGCAAUACCAACCACAACAGCGCCUUGUUCAAGGCUGUCAUUCUCGCCAACAACAUUGUGCUACUCUCUUCCAAGUCUGGCGGCGGUGUUGCGCAGGCCACAAUUACCGAUACGGAUAUUCGAAACAUUAAUAAAAUCGCCAAGAAGAAGAACCUUCUUGAGCUGUUGUCACAAUCGCUGGCUCCUAGUAUCUAUGGCCAUGACCACAUCAAGAAAGCAAUUCUCCUCAUGCUUCUUGGCGGUAUGGAGAAGAAUCUCGAAAAUGGCACUCAUCUGAGAGGUGAUAUCAAUAUUCUCAUGGUUGGCGACCCGUCUACAGCCAAAUCACAACUUCUCCGAUUCGUUCUGAAUACGGCCCCUCUUGCUAUCGCGACGACUGGUCGUGGUUCGUCCGGUGUUGGUUUGACUGCUGCUGUCACAUCGGACAAGGAGACUGGCGAGCGUCGUUUGGAAGCUGGUGCAAUGGUCAUGGCUGAUCGUGGCGUCGUCUGUAUCGAUGAAUUCGACAAGAUGUCCGACAACGAUCGUGUUGCUAUUCACGAAGUUAUGGAACAGCAAACUGUCACGAUCGCGAAAGCCGGCAUUCACACCUCUCUGAAUGCUCGAUGCUCUGUCGUUGCUGCUGCCAACCCUAUCUAUGGCCAGUAUGAUCCCCACAAGGAUCCUCAUAAGAACAUUGCACUGCCCGACUCACUACUCUCGCGUUUCGACUUGUUGUUUGUCGUAACUGACGACAUUGAGGACACUCGCGACCGUCAGAUUUCGGAACAUGUUCUUCGUAUGCACAGGUACCGUCAGCCUGGAACGGAAGAGGGAGCACCCGUUCGAGAACAGGCUUCUCAAUUCCUUGGUGUGUCUGCCGACACGCAAGCGGGCACUCAGCGCCCAACCGAGGUUUUUGAAAAGUUCGAUGCUAUGCUACACGCUGGUGUGACGCACACUUCCGGCCGAGGCUCCAACAAGAAGCCUGAGAUUCUCAGUAUUCCAUUCAUGAAGAAGUACAUACAAUAUGCCAAGAAUCGAAUCAAGCCCGUCUUGACGCAGGAAGCGUCCGAUCGUAUCGCCGAGAUCUAUGUGGGCCUACGAAAUGACGAGAUGGAGGGUAACCAGCGCCGUACUUCGCCUUUGACUGUGCGAACACUUGAGACUCUCAUUCGUCUUGCCACUGCCCACGCCAAAUCACGCCUCUCAAACCGUGUGGAGGAGCGUGACGCUGCUGCUGCCGAGGCCAUCUUGCGUUUCGCUCUCUUCAAGGAGGUCGUUGAAGAGUCCCGCAAGAAGCGCAGGAGGACUGCUACAGUCGAUUUUGCUUCUUCUAGUGAGGGGGAAGAUGACGAUGAUGAGGACGCCGACGACGGCGCCUUCCAUGGCGCCAGAUCGACACAGGGCACAUCGCGCACAACACGUUCCCGUGGUACGCCCUCUGGUGCAAACGGCACCAACGGCGUUCACGACGCAGAGGAAGAGGAGGAGGAGGAGGAGGAGACACAAGCCACCGAGUCGGCUACGCCACGACGCUCCGGGAGGACCGCUCGCUCGAACAACACUGAGUCUGAGUCCCAGACGUCGUUCGGCUCCUCACUGCCUGCCUCGCAGCUGCCCAGUCAAACACAGGAAGAUCAGGACCUGGCUAGCGGUGCUGCCGCUCUUGCUAUUGAUGAUGCGCCGAUUGCGGCACCUCGUCUGGCUGCAUUCAGAACCGCUCUUGGUCAGCUUCUCAACACUCCUCUGUUCGAGGACGAUUCAGCUGGCCUGGAUGCCGUCAUUGGAGCUGUCAACCAAAAGGUUGGAAACCGCAGCGGCGGUGCCUUUGACCGUGAAGAAGCCGUCAAAGCCCUCAAGAAGCUUGAGGAAGCCAAUCACAUCAUGUUUGCGGAUGGCGAGCUGGUCUAUAAGAUCUAA